GGCAACAGGGCUUCAACAAUAAAAUCACUCAAACAAACAGUGGGUUGGCAGGGGGGAUCCCGAGGCUGGGUGAGUCACUGCAUGCCCUCCCGUGCUGCAUGGAGAGAAGUCACUGGGGCUGAGCACGGGAAUUCACAUCGGACCGGUGAGCUUGGCAUGGACAAGAUUUCUGGGAAUAUAUCAAGGAGUGGAGAUGCUUGAAAUGCAGCUCUGGCUUGGUGUGAUUUCAAGUGUUCCCAGGCUCAGAUAACUCCAAGAGACAGACUCAUACCCCAUUUUAGAGUCAAGCUGCUGACCAGAAGGAUCGCAUUUAAUAAUCACUGGCGAGGCAAAGGAGGAGGGGACCACACAAAGGAGGAAGGGAUUUUGCAGCAAUUGGGUUUCUUGGAGGAUGUGGAAAUGAACAAAACAGCAGACAAAGCGUGAGUCCCGCUCCUGUGCUGUUCAUCCAAAUUAACAGGACUUCAAAGACUUGCUGCUAAGAUGGAGCUGCUGAAGGGACUGCCGCUGCGCCGCACUUUGCUGGCUGUCGUCCUGAACCUGCUGGCUCUCACCCUCUCCACCACAGCCUUGCUGGGCAGCUACUGGUGCACCGGGACCCAGAAAGUGCCCAAGCCUUUGUGUGGGAAGACCAAAGCCUCCCAGUGCAUCGGUGUCCCCAUCCCACCUGAUGGAGAUGCAAGCAACUUUUCAUCGGAUGACUCGGUGCACUACAGCUGGGAGACUGGAGAUGACCGCUUUGCCUUCAGAUACUUCCACACAGGGAUGUGGCUUUCCUGUGAAGAGAGCUUGGAAGGGCCAGAAGAGAAAUGCCGCAGCUUUAUUGAGCUUUCACCACCAGCAGAGAGAGGAAUCCUGUGGCUGUCACUGAGUUCAGAGAUGCUGUACAUCAGCUUGCUGCUCAUCAGCUUCAUCCUUCUGAUGGUGGAAAUUCUGCAUACUGGCAAUCCUGUCUGUGGGAUGAAGCUCAAUGCCUUUGCUGCUGUCUCCUCAGUGCUGUCAGGUCUCCUUGGGAUGGUGGCACACAUGAUGUACAGUCAAGUCUUCCAGGCAACAGUUAAUCUGGGACCGGAGGACUGGAGACCGCACACAUGGGACUAUGGCUGGGCAUUCUACAUGGCCUGGGCCUCCUUUACCUGCUGCAUGGCCUCUGCUGUCACCACUCUCAACACCUACACCAAGACAAUACUGGAAUUCAAAAGGAACCACAUCAAGGGAUACGAUGACAGCCUCAAGGAGAACCCUCAGCACCACCAGUGCUUCAUACAGCAAAUAAGCAGCUACUAUGAGCCCAAAGGCAAGGCCUUCCACUCAGUCUCUGAGGGAGUUGACUUCUACACUGAUCUGCAGCAGAAAAUACUACAGAGGGAACCAGAGCUGGACCUGGAUGAAGUCUUGGGCCAGACAAUCGGGGAGGAUCGCUGUUAGGGAUGAGUGUACAAGGACAGAGCAGUGGGGUUUGGGAGGCACAAGAGCUCUGAACCAAGCACUGGCACCACUGAUGGCAGGUUUUGAGGAGCUCUUCCUGUCUCUUCAGGGAGUGAGGAGGCAGGCACUGGGUCAGGGCAACUAGAGUAGAAGUUUGGGGGUCCUCCCUGGUCAUAUACAGUGUGAUGGGUGCCCUCAUCUGACAAGGGUGAAACUGGAGGGAUAUGCUGGUGCCAGCUGUCUCCAAGCACUUUCAGAGUUGAGUCAGAUGUCCUAAUCCCAGUAUUGGGAACUUGGGAACAGAUAGUCAGCACCAUCCAGAUGGCAAAUUGCACUGGGUGGUGUCACACUGACCUUCCAUCAACACCUCCACUUGAGUGCUAUGGUUCAUACUGAUCAGUGUUCAUACUGAUCAGCUGUCACCCUCUCUGAACACCCUGUCUAUUCUUAAUUUCCAGCCUAAACUCUUCUCCCUGCCCCCAGAUUAAAAGUCCUGCUGCAGUAGAAAUAGGGGGUAGCUUUCAGACAUCUCUCUCUUCCUCCUUCCUAUCUGUAAUGACUCCCACAUGUUCCUUUCUUGCUUUCUGCCCAAAAAUCUCCCAUUCUGAGGUACUUUGCUGUCUGCGUCUUUUUACUGUUUCUUUGCAACCUUUAAGAAUUUGGCA